CGCAACCUUCUGAAUGAAGCGCAAAAAAAGGGGUGCCCGCGGUUUGAGAAGCUUCGGCCAGGGUUCGGCAACGGCGCUAAUUCACCCCACGGUCAUUUCCGUCUUGCAGAUGGGACAGAUGCCGAAACUCGGUUUCCCCUCCGCAACCCACCGAUGACCUUGCAGACGCAGGACUGUGUAAACCACGGCUUUGGCAUGGGGAUUCAGAUGCAACUGCCAUUCCUCGGCUUACCCCCUUCACGUAUCAGAUUCAACUCGGCCAUCGACGAGGUCACCGCUCUCGCCUGUCUGGCCAGGGUUAUUAAUACACAACCGAUCCGACCCGGGUUUACCAACAAAAUAUGUUCAUUCGUAUGUACAUACAUGCGGGCCAUUAAAAGGCUCGCUCGCUUGUUUACCCCCAGUAGCAUCGAUGAGGUUUCCACUCGGCUUUUGGGAGGGCUAGUGGUGGUACGAUGCUGCUAUUGUGAUCGUGAUUUCCUCGAAUCCGGUUCUUCGCCUGAGCGAACACACCAUGAUGUAUGGCGGAACGGACUUCCAGUCAGGCACGAGCAAAUCAGAGAAGCCACGCCGUUCGCGGCUGAAGAAGGAAGCGGCCUGGUCCUCCCGUGCAAAAGCUACCAGAGCCGCCUUCCCGAGUUCCUACGGCGCCUGGCUGUGGAUGAAACCCCUGGCACCCAGCUACAUGUUCUAGGUUCACCAAUACGAGUGUUGCACCGUCAUCGUGGCUUCCGAGCUGCGCUGACGGGAACACAAACGUCGCCGGUUGGACGAGAUCUAGGGGCCCUUGUGAUGGACGGCGGCCCUUGACAAUGCACUUGCCCGCCGGGUUCUCCAAUCAGCUGGUAUUUCUAUCUGUUUACUGCGCCUCCUGGGGCCCCGAGACGAGGCAGCGGGAGGAACAACGCGCGGUUCAGUCCUCAGGGGGCAGGGCAUGGACCACGGGCAAGAUGCGUGGAGGUGCACAACCAUACCUCCUACGCGCCUGCCCCUCGACUUCUACCCAGACUGCGGUGGUUCAAGCCAACGCAUGCCUUGCUGAAAGUUUUGAGGUGAUGCUCUUUCUGAGGGAGCGCGGCAUUCUUGAACCCGC